AAUUAAACGCUUUUUCUCUAGAAGUCGUCUGCCAUCAAGGUUCGUCAAGAAAUCCCUAGAAUUUACAUUCCAUCGUAGGGAUAUACCUUUUUUCCCAGUCGAGGAAAGAUCAAAAUCAAUUAUACAGCGGGUUUGAUCCUGGAAUUUCAAGAUGCCGGCCACCGCAGGAAGGGUUCGCAUGCCCCCAAACAAUCGGGUACACAGUAGCGUUGCCCUUCAGACUCAUGGUAUAUGGCAGAGUGCAAUUGGGUACGAUCCCUAUGCACCUCAGCCGAAUUUGUCAAACUCAAAACCAGAUGCUGAGAAUGCAUAUGCUAGCUAUCAAGGCCUUCUCCAACUCGCUCGUAUAACUGGGCCGAAUUCUGACGAGGUUCGUGGGGCGUGCAAGAGGUGCGGCCGGGUUGGGCACCUCACCUAUCAAUGUAGGAAUUUUCUGAGUGUUAAGGACAUGGAGAAGGAGGACCCUGAAGCUAUCCAGGCUGAUGUUGCUUCUGAGUUGGGCAAGUUGAAGGGGAAGCUGGGUAAAGCGAAGGGAAAAGAUGUUGUUAAGGCUGAUAGUGAGGAGGAGGAUGAAGACAUUGAGAGUUCAGAUUCGGACUAUGAUUCUGAUAUGGAGAGGCUCAUUGCUCAAAGAUAUGGGCAAAAGAAUUUUCGAAAGGAGAAGCUGAAAAAGAAGAACAAGGACUCGGAUGUUGAUGGUUCAGAUACAGAUUCUGGGGAGAGGAAGAAGAGAGGAAGGUCGAAGAAGAGGAGAAGCAGAAAUAGGAAACAUGAUGAUUCAGAUGAUUCUGAAAGGGAUAGGAAGAAAAGAAGAAAGGAGAAACGGAGAAAGAGAGAUGAGUCCUCGGAUGAGGAUGAUAAACGACGUCGACGACAUAGGAAGAGUACGUAG